AUGCGCCAGGCGCCAAGGUACCUGGGGCUGGCUGGAGCAGCCAACUUUUUUCUCUCACCUGCCAAUCCCUCCCAGGUUCUUUACCGCAAGACCGGACUAAACCAGGGCGCCGCCGUGCGUGCUGAUUGGCCCAGGGGCGCAGCGCCUUCCUCGUGCAUCAGCGUGCCUCGCCUCCAGGUACAUGCAGGCCGUACCGAGUACCUCAGUACUGUCGGCGCAUGCAGCCAGAGCACCCCGGCAGCUCGUGUACUCCCACUCCAGGAUGGUUGGGAGGCUUGGAAGACUUCGUCUGCGGUGCGGUGCCUCCUGAGGAUUUUCCCACAGCGACCUGCGCUGCACGAGGGCGUUAACGCAGUUGCCACCGUGACUGGCUUCUGCCACUGUGGGAGCUCUCGUGGCGGCACUGUGUCUUGGAGCCCUGAUCGACAAGCCCUCGCACGCUGGACGGAGCUGUCGGAUCCUUGGGCGGCCCGAACAAUUACACUUGAACGCAUUUUCCGCAGCCCAUUUCGUGCAGAUGUUGCUGUUUGCAAAUACGAGGGCGCUCUGUGGUCCACAGCCAGAGGGCAGAGCAGACAGGGCAAGGACGGGCCCAGCAGAGAGCUCAGCGCUGCUGACCUUCUACUCAUAGCAUCGACCGAGGCCGAGGCCAUCGAUGCCAUGACCGUUACCACCGAGAACUACGCUGUGGGAGAUGCGAGUAUGGGACGGAGUGCUUUCUCCCAGUCAUCAAUCGCCUCUGGGUUUUGGGGGUUCCCUGCCACACCUUUCCACCUUUGCUGCUUCGUACAAAGUACCUGCUUGAACUUUCGACAGACUGACCUGCUUGUUCCUAAUCCCUCCAUCUAA